AAUAUACUACAUAGUCAACGAUCUGUCGAAAUCACCAUAUAAUACUUCGAGACUGCGCAAUUCCUAUGGUUAUGAUCGCCUAAAUGAACAGUCUGUUUUGAGACGCUUUUGAGCUGUUUUCAAAAUUCGUAUCAUUCUUUCGCAAGGUCCAAGGAACGAUUGAUUGAAUUAGUACUUGCUCUAUUCGAUAAUUCCACAUCAAGAUGACGACUCGCAAUCCCCCUCAAUCUUUCAUUUCGAGUUAUGCUCCGCGAUUGCGCACAUAUGCCAAUUCGUUGCUUACCCCAGUCAUACAGCCAACAGCAGCUGUCGCGACACCACUCGGUAGAACAACGAAAAGAGGAACCACGGCAAUAAAUUAUGCAGAGGAUGGAUAUGAAUUCGAGGAGGAUGACGAUGAUGAAAACAAGAGGAGGCCUACAGGCUUAAGGAGUUUACGAAGGGAAGAUAUUGGACAGGCAAAACAAGACCCCGCAGAAAAGGUUGGCAAAGAAGCUACUGCGCCAGUGGAAAUUCAAGGUAUUUGGAGAGAUUGGAUGGGCAAGCAACGGCCAGGAAAAACCGACAUGCAAAAUUAUGCACAAAUCGCAUUACCUUUGACGUUAAUCCCGAUUCGAAUCGACCUUGAUAUCCCUUCCUUCACACCCCCUGCGCCUUUACCUGUGCCUGUAAAUAUUCAAGUAUCUUACCCUUCGAUUGAUACUUCCCUACCGGCAUACAAACCACAAGAAACCACAGUCCCAUAUCGCCUAAAGGAUGUAUUUCUGUGGAAUUUACAUGAGACAUUGACGACCACCGAUCAAUUCGCGCAAACCAUGGUACAAGAUCUGGACUUACCGAACAGAGGACAAAUGGCAGCCGAAAUCAGUAAGCAAAUCCGUACACAGCUUGAAGAAUACGCAGGUGUGGCUCUGCAUCCACUCUUUCAUUCGCAACAGACUGCAACGGCGAACGGUACUGUGACCACCAUCAAACAAGGGCCAUCGUCUCGAGAUGCUUCAAGUACACCUGCAGCAAGUGGGAAUGCGACUCCCAUGCGAAAUGUCAUUGGCCAAUCUAAUGGCUAUUCGACUCCUGCUAAAGCUCCCACUUCACAGUCGCAAGAUAUCACCGCCACUGCAACCUCGAUACCACCAGAAUCCGAUGAAUAUAAUCCCGAUGAUAUGUACCGGUGCAUCAUUAAUCUGAAUAUCAAUCUCUCCAAUCAUCUCUACACAGACAGGUUUGAAUGGUCAUUACUACAUCCUCCAGGAACGGCUGAAAUAUUCGCAAAACAAACCUGCGCAGAUCUUGGUUUACCUGGUGAAUGGGUCCCAGCCAUGACACAUGCGAUUUACGAAGCAGUUUUGAGAUUGAAAAAGGAGGCAUGUGAAAGUGGUGGUUUGGUUGGCGGUUAUGGGGGAGAAAUACCCAAUGAUGCUGUGCAUGGUAAGGAUGCCGGAUGGAGAUAUGAUAAUGAACACCUAGCAGAUGAGUGGGAACCCAAGGUUGAGAUCUUGUCAAAGGAGGAAAUUGAGAAGCGAGAAGGUGAUAGAGAAAGACAAAUUAGGCGGAUGAGAAGAGAAACUGCUAGAUUCUCUUCGAAUUCCGGGAUGGCCGGUGGUCUUCCAACACCAGGUGAGAACAGAGGAUACUUUGAUGAGCCACCUGCGGAAGAACGUAUGGGUCGCGGUGAGAGAAGUAAGAAGAAGAGACGCUUCAGAAGUCUUAGUCCAUUGGGGAGAUCUGGAACACCCGGUGGAAGAGGAACUCCUGAUACUGGCGGCAUUACUGGGUUUGGUGGAGGUGGUAGUCUUACCGAAUUUGAACGGAAUAGUUGGAGAUGCUCACAUUGUAAAGUCUGGGGAACAUCGGUUUGGUGUGUGAGGGAUGGGCCGUUCGGACCAAGGACUCUUUGUAAUAAUUGUGGCUUCCUAUUCGAGAAAGACCGCAAGCUACCUCGAUGGGCGAAGGAUCUUCACAAACAAGACAUCCGCUCAAGUGAUUACAGAUAACGAUAUCUCCAGUCUGUUCUUUCAAUCAUCAUACGAGAAAUUUCUACUUUGAUCUUCAUGAAUUUUGGGAAGCUUUUUGCUAGGAGUCUGAGACAGGGGGCUUUAUAUCACGCAGCGAUGUGGUAAUAUGGAUCACAAAUGAUUUACUUCUGGUGUGCACAUUGACAAGUGUUUGAUUAAGGAUGGAAAAGUCGGUUUCAUAGAGCAAUGACUUUCGAGAAGAUACUUUUGUACAAUAGAGAGCUGAGGCCAAUUAAUGAAGUUUGAUCAAGAAUAUGU